AUGGCGAAAACAAACUCAAUGAAUAAUUUGAUCUAUUUCCUUUUCUUUUUUAUAACUUGCCACAGUGUCCUUCAUCUGGCUAAAGCUUCCAAACCAUCUAUCAAAACGGUCACAGUCAACCCGUGCACCCUCACUCCAACCAUUCCUACAUAUAUCUCUCCUUCAUCACCUUGCCCAACUAUCACCAUCUCCACUUCUCAUACCUCAUGUCCACCAACAACUCCAACAUCCUGCUCCCAAAACUUCUGCAUCUCAGAUGCCUUAAUAACAGUUCCCUGCACCUGUCCCUACUCCGUACCAACAACCACCCUCUACACCCCAUGUCCCUCUGCCUGUUCGCAAACUUGUCACAUCGGGAAUCAAAUCUACCAUGAAACAUCCUGUUCCACUACAAUCGACACCUACGCCACUCCCAGCACAACCCCCACCCCACAAUCGACUCGCAAACAUCUCUCACAACACCAACGGGUGGCUCAACAAUUUGUUCCUGUCCUUACUAUCCUCCCUACCCAACUUAUUGCAAUCCGCCCUGUCCAGUCCACACUCCUACCUCCACCCCAAGCAUCACCACUCAAACUCUUCCCACCGCGACCCCCAAUCUCGUCACCUGCUCCUGUCCCUACUAUCCCCCCUACCCUACAAAUUGCAUCUUCCCCUGUCCAAUCCACACCCCCACCACCACCAUCACCAGCGACCCUUCUGCUCCCACAACUACAAAUCUCCCACCAACAUCAACAACAAUUUCCAACCUCGUCACCUGCUCCUGUCCCUACUAUCCCCCCUACCCUACAAAUUGCAUCUUCCCCUGUCCAAUCCACACCCCUACAACCGUCAUUACUGUCCCAACAACUAUCACUCCAACUCCUAGUUGUGAAAGUAUCACGGUUACAAAAGGAGAUUCUGUAUAUACCUCUCUACCGUAACGAUAAACUGUGGAUGUGGCGGUUCGAUUGGGACGGCGACUCGUAA